UUCAUUUUUUUCAUCCUGCCUGGAUCCUUGAUUUAUAAAAAAAAAUUAACAUUAUUAAUUAGAUAGGAACAUUAAUUAAUUAGUACUAUUUUUUUUUCAUUUUCAUUCAUUUUAUUAUUGAUAAUCCUACUAUCAAUAAUAUUAUUUAACUCAUUUUUAUGAUUAUGGCUACUAUACCUUCCAUUUUCUUUUCCAUGAUAAUAAUAUCAUUAUUAUCAUCCCCAGCCGUAUACAUAUCCGCUGCCUCUUCUUUGCGCCCAAACGUCGCACUCCUCCGUCGAGCCUGCGCCACCACCGCCUCCCCCGACUUCUGCUUCAACUACCUCUCCAAAACCCCCUCCGUCGCCUCCGCGUCGCGGCGGUCCCUGCCGGCACUCGCCGCGGCGAUCACCGACACGGGGCUCACCUACGCGAAGCUGAUGAGGGAGUACGCGUCCAACAAGGCGGCGGCGCCGGAGACGCGCGCCGCCGCCGCUGGCAGGCCGGCGGCAUACGCCGAGUGCGCGCGGCUCCUGGGGGACACCGCGACGCAGCUCGAGAUCGCCGCCCAGAUGAUCGAGCAGAUUGCGUCGGCCGCCACCGCGGUGGACGACGCGAGCUACUCGCUCAUGAGGUCCGGCGACGGCGUGGCGGCGUGCAAGCAAAAGCUGGCCGCCGUCAAGGUGGAGGACCGGUACGUGAAGGUAUCGUCGAAGCAUGUGGAGGUUUACAGCGUCGCCGCCGACAACAUUUUGACGGACUUGAAGCGUAACGGGAAGAAGGUGAUCCACUAAUUAUGGAGAUGGAUGGCGGAGGCCGCGGCGUAACACGGUGGUUAAUUCGAUGAUAUAUGUAUAUAUCGAUCAGGAGAUUGAAAAAACAUCUCUUUUUCACUCCGUGUGUAAAACUGACUCAUCAAAUAUUCUGUUUCUCUAUAAAUUUUCUUCUAAUUAUGCAUUGGGAUAUUGAGUAUAAAAUUUCAUGAAUGCUCUUCUUAUUACAUGUGAUUUUCUAUAAAAUGUGGAUGAGAUGAUUAAAUUAUUUUCACAUUG